AUGAUUGGAUCAUUUCUGUCCAGAACCCUUCUUAUGGUUUUUGGUUAUGCCUAUCCGGCUUAUGAGUGUUUUAAAGUAGCGGAGAACAACAGGACAGAUAAUGUGCAAGUCCUGUUUUGGUGCCGGUACUGGAUUUUAGUUGCAAUGCUUACAGUUUGUGAGAGGGUAGGGGAUCAUCUAAUCUUUUGGCUGCCUAUGUACAGUGAAGCAAAGCUGGCAUUCUUUAUAUAUCUUUGGCAUCCGAAAACGAAAGGAACGGAAUAUGUUUAUGAUUGUUUUUUCCGGCCUUUCGUGGCAAAACACGAGACUGAGAUCGAUCGUAAUUUGUUGGAGAUGAGGGUGCAGGCUGAGGAGAUUGCCCUUAUUUAUUGGCAGAAGGCAGCAGCUUAUGGACAGACGAAGUUUUUUGAAAUUUUGCAGUGCGUUUCUUCUCAGUCAGCAUCAAGUCCUCGUUCUGAUCAGCAGCAAGUAGAGCUAAAUGCCAAAAAUGGAGAAUCUAAGGCAUCCAGUUCAAUUAGCGAGGCUACAACAGAAAAACAGCCCAAAGAACCUGAUCAGUUCGUUUCAUCUAGUAGUGCUUCUUUGUCCCAGCAGUCACACGAGCCGGCAAGUGAAUUGGAAGAACAGCCAGGUGAACCGAUGCAAUCCUUGGUGAAUGGAGAUAUAAAUUCCCCACGGCAAGAAACUGUUCCAAAGGAGUCUGUCCAGCAAAAACAUGGAAGAUGGAAACUAUUCCAGAGCCCCCAAAAACCGUCAAAUUCCUAG